AUGUCGUCGGAAACCCAGCCCAUAAACCCAGCCCGCUUCGCCGAAGCUCUGACUGAGCUACCCGCCAGCAGCCUUGCCCUGAAGGUUCUCGAACUGCGCAAUUCCAUCGCACACCUCGACUACUCCAAUGCAGAGCUAAAGCCGUUCGCCGAGGGUACGUGGUCGACAAUCGAUCAGCAGGGAGGCACCCCACAGCCCGAUCAAGACUGCAUAGAUGCCAUCGCCGAGAACGAGACCGUGAUCGCUCGCAUGCAAGAGCGGAUCAACCUCAUACGCGUCGAGGUAGAGAACCGCGGCUUGAGCUGGCAAGAGUUUCAGGGCAAGGAAGACGACCCUCCCGCACCCAACGAGACCAACGGGACGCGCGAGGCUUCCACCACAGCACCGUUGACAAACGGCGUCAACGGCCAUGGGCCUUCUGGGGAAGGACAACAUGAGGCAUGGCGAGAUGGAACCUUUCAAACCGGCACGAUACGAGGACCGAGCGACGAAGAGCUUCUCAGACAGCUCGAAAACCUCAUGCCACCCGAGCAUGACGAAGACGACGCGGACGGGGAUGCGCUCAUCUUUGAGGACUACCCCAACAAGCUCUACACCAUCUCCUGCGAGGCCCGCCAACGCCAACCCAGGCCGCCACCUUUGGCACAGCAUCAUGGCACAGCAUCACACACUCUCAGUCCACAUCUGACAUCUACACUGCCAACCCAAAUGGAUACCCUUCAACUCAUCAUCCUGCUGCUUCACGUUCUGCCUGCUCUUGCAGUACGAUGCGAGUACAAUACGACUUCUCCCCAACCAGGUAUACCUAGCAAGGCUUCCGCAUGUCUUCUCUACCAGGUUGAUCACGGCGAUAAGCCCAUGCAAACGGACCUGUGCACCAACAACUACACCACUAUCAAAACCUUUCCGAUCGAAAAGAAUGCCACUCAACAUGAUUGGCUCGAACAUUGCAGGUUCCGGUUAGACUACCUGCCCAACAUCGUUGUUGGCAAGUACUCCGAGGACGACUGGAACUCCUUCAUAGAGACCACGCCAGACGACGGAGGGUAUGGCUGCGCUUUUCAGUUCAAGAUCCUCUCACUACCGAAUACAACGUUCCCGCUGUUCAUUGGUGGUCAGAGUCUCCUCAACUUGACAUACAACUCGCCCCUCACUUCCCUAGCCCUGCUAGCAGCUUCCUCCACCGCCAUCGACAUCGAGUUCGAAUUCUACCCAAGCGGCGACCUCACCUGCUCUUCCGGCUCCCUCUCGGCCCUCACCAUCAGCACGGAGGGCCAGUGCUACAAUAUCGGCAACCCGGCGGAGUCCUUCCAUAUCGGCGGACCAUCCACCCAAGACCAGGUGCCUGAGGGCUGCAUGAUCACUGGCUCUGCGGGUCAGGACUGUACUGGAUCGGUGGAUCUGGAGGUUUGGGGCCCUAGCGAUGGGAGCUUGUGUUAUAUUGGCGGUGUGAACAUGGGAAACGGAGCGCCGGUGCGUAGUCUUUUGUACACUUGUUUGUGA